CGACAACUUGGAUUUCAUGUGAAUCGCAUGUUCGGAGCCAUCUUGGAAACUUCCUUUCUCAUAUUUCCACCUCCGUCUUCCAGUUGCAUGCCCUUAAACUCCCGCCGAGUCUUCUCGACAGCCCAAUUCAUCCGGAUCUUCGUCAUAGUCAAUCUCACGACUUAUAUUACAGUCAACGCCUGCCUGAACCACAGCAACUCCAACGCCCAACCGCUGGAGCACGAUGGGGGGCAAAAAGGGCGCCGAGAACACCAAGAAAGUAGCGGGCAACGCCCGCAAGGCUGAAGCCGCCGCCGCAAAACAAGCCGCCGUAGAAGCCAAAGUCUCCGCGGCCGAGGAGGAUAAAUGGUCCAAAGGCGCCAAGGACAGCAAGAAGAAAGAAGAUGCUGAGCGCAAGGCUGCAGAAGCGAAAGCGAAAAAGGCCGAGCGAGACGCCCUACUAGCUGAAGAGGAAAAGUCACAGCGCGCCACGGCCAAGGGCGCGAACAAGAAGACGGCUGAGAAGAAGACCCGGGGCACAUUGGACCUGGGCCAGCUCGAUGGCGAAGCAAGCGGCACAACCGCAGCGUUGAAUGCGUCUGGAAUCGAUAACGCGUUGGAUGCGCUCAGUUUGACGGGUGCAGCGAACGAGCAGAAACUCGACCGGCACCCCGAGCGACGGUUCGCGGCGGCUUAUAAGGCCUACGAGGAACGACGACUGCCUGAGGUUGCGGUUGAGCAUCCCGGGCUACGAAAACAGCAGCGUAUUGAUAUUAUACGAAAAGAAUUUGAACGGAGUGAGGAGAACCCGUUCAAUCAGGUCGGCAAUGUCAAAUAUGACGCGAGGAAAGACGAACUGGCGGAUAAGAAGAAGCAGAUCCGUGAGGGUGUGGAGAACAGAUUGGCCCAGAAGUGAAUGAAAGUGGGAUUUGUUGGACGAACUGGACUAUACUCGUUACUAUUCAUGAGCAAAAAGAAUAGAUGACAAACAAGGACACCUGAUUCUUCGGUGACAACGCUGUCCCACCGCUAUUCCGCCGCAGCCUCACGAUGCUCGGAUGAAAGAAUUUUGAGCCGUGAGAGCGAGAGAGCUCAAUCAGCAUGACUACGGGCCAACGGCGCAAAGCAGCUGCCACUCAUGGCACAUGGCUUUGCGCUGGUGAAGUUACGUUAGGGCCUGGGAAACGACUUUCCAAUGCUAGUGAACGUGUUGCCGGCACGAUCCUCUCGAAGGCAGAUGGAAUGGGGAGGGGAAAGCACGUAUCGCAAUAUUGUCAUCUAAUGAGC